AUGUCAGUACCUACGUCCCCCGUCAUCCCAAACCUAGGUCCGAGUCUAGGGGCCCUCGAAGUUGGGGUCUUCGUGGCUUGGUUCCUGUCUGGUAUGAAUGCGGUCCAGGCUUUCAUCUACUACCAAUCGGAGUUUCACAAAGACAGCCGCUAUAUCAAGCUGUUGAUUGCCUUCGUGGUCACUGUGGAGAUGGUGCAUAGCGGACUCAUCAGUGCCUACGUCUACGAUACUACCAUCAACAACUUCGGCAAUUAUGAUGCGUUGGAUAGUACACCUUGGACCGUGGCCGUCUCAAUCCCAGUCGGCGGUCUCGCACAAGCGAUGGUUCAGCUCUUCUUCACCUAUCGCGCCUACAUCAUCACCAGAAAGCGCCCUUGGAUCCCCAUCAUCUCUGGAACCGGGAUCGCGAUCCACUUCGCGUGCUCAGUCGCAGGAGCAGUCGAAUCUGUGCGCAUCAGCCUCACAGCGUUCACCAUGCAGUAUCGCUACCUCGUGAUCCUUGGACUGGUAGCAGGUGCCUCUGCCGAUACAGUGAACACGUCGACUCUCCUCUUCGCCUUAUAUCGUGCGCGCGGUGGGGUCACACAGUCACGCAAGAUGAUUGAGCGUCUCAUGCUUUGGUCUACGGAGACUGGCAUUCUAGUCGCGUAUGCACAGCCUAUCAGCUCAACGUCGUGCGAUUGUGGACUGACUCCCACCAACACCAAUAGAGCGGUCAGUUUCCUCGGCUUGAUUUUGCUAUUUGCGCUACCCCAUACGCCUGCAUGGCUUGUGGUGAUCAUGGUCUUCGCGAAGCUAUACUCGAAUACUAUGCUAGCAACAUUCAACGGCCGAGUUGCUCUAAGAUCUUCGGGUAUCCAAACUCAUGUGAGCGUGUUGACCGUAACAGGAGACAGAUCCGAGGCUCUCGCGUCGCGAAAUGCUACCGGAUCGGCGGUGCAUGUCAAGAUGACAAGGCAGAAGCUCGUCGUGAGGGAUGGAGGGCUAGAGGAGAUGAUAGAAGACAUUGAAUGCGAAGAUCCUGUAAAGCACGGACAUUCUUUAUCGGACCCCUUCACACCCGACACUACUGGACCCGCUAUGAAGGCCACCAGGGCUGGCGGUGGCGAUGCCAUUAUCAUAGUGUAG